ACUAUGCAAGUGGGACAAAAAAGAAAUUUUUUGAACAUACAAGUGCUUAGACUGACGUAUAUAAGAAAUGUUGGAGUUUUCUACUAGCAUUGGGUAUUAUGGCACGAUCCUUACAACGCAGUCUGGUCGACAAGAACAAAAUGCAGCCAGCGCGUCGUAUGUCCUUCUGGGGGAUUUGUGUUGAAGAGAAACGGCUCGCCUAUUUUCAUUUUAAGUUAUCGUAGUUUGUAUUGAAAGUAACUACAUAUAAAUGACGUCUGGAGCAAGGCACAGUUGUAUGUUACAUUUUGUUUCAGGCGACAGGUGAGCGUUCAGCUAACGUGCAUUGUCUGAACAAUCGGUGUGCUUGCUGUGAUGACGCGAUGUUUUAUGAGACAACGUAUCUGCCGGGCUUCAAUUUUUGUUCAAGUAAAUUGCCAGAUUCUAAUAAAUUUGAAAUGUAACAAAACAAUUGAGGAAACCUUUAAGGUGAUACAUGAGCCGCCGACGUCGGAGAAAAGCAACAACGUAGGGAAGAAAGACGACACCGCUCUGACCAAUGGAAGGCGCAGAUGCACAAAACGCUAGCUUCCCUAUAAGGGCUCAGUAUCUUGUGGAAUAGAAAAAUUCGCGAUCGGUGCUCCAACAUUAAGAACUAAUUCUCUUCAGCCACACUGAGUAACACUGCAAAAAAAAAAAAAACCAAGACCCACAACAUCAUUACUGCAGUGAAAGCCAUUAAGCUACAUAAUUCCGCUUGAGCUCUUUUUGGCUGGAAAAGAAACCUGAGGCGACCGAAAGCUUACGCGUCUCACUUGUCAGAAUCGACGAAUACUGUCUACUGCAUUUAGCGUAAAGGAAAGUCGAACAGCCGGUAGCGAAGAAGCAUGACAGCAGGCCGCUCAAGAAUGCCAGAAAUGCGCCCAAAAAUAUCUGUUGAAAAGAGAGAAAUGGGAGUUUCUUGGAGAAAAAAAACAGAACGCUGAUUAGUACGUCUAAAGAAAGCCGUCUUACCUGUCUCCACUUGAAGCGAGACAGCAAGCCGUCGGUGGCAGUUCGGGCUCGAACUCCGUCCUUGGGGACUCCCGCGGCUGAAACAGCCUGCCUUAGCCGCCUGGCAGCCAAACUGGGAGAACGCUACACGUCCACGUGACCGUAGGCCGUUGCACCGUGAGGGGCCCCCCUUCACCAGGUGAAAAAAGCAGACUUGGAAGUGACGGGCAGCAGGCCUGAAGCACCAAAAAGAAAACACGUUAAGAGGGUGAGAAAGUCUCGAAAAAAGGCGCUGCCCUGUUAGCGGUAGCUGCCGGCGGUGAGUCAGGGGAGCCUCGCGAGCGCGCGCGAACGCGUACAUAUUUCUGGCCAUAGGUAUUUUUGGUGGGUGAACGGCGCCGGGGGCGAGGGUGGCCAGCUCGGAUUUCCCGAAGCCUCGGGGCUUGCCACCCUUUUAACGCGUCGGCAGCAGACUCGAGCCGUCAGUACCGACCCGAGCGAACCGUGGUGCUCCUCGCUCCUCACUCCUCGACGAACCCGGCGACAUGGACAGCUACUCGGCGCUCGAAGCAGCUCGUGCCGUCACGAACGGCCUGACCAACGGAGUAGCCAACGAAGAUGGCCCUUUGGUCAACGGUGCUGCGGCUCCCGCCAGGAAGCCCAAGGGCGUGGCCACGGCCGGCGACGCGCUGCUCCAGGACUCCUUCUACCCGCUCCAGAAGGGACCCUACAUCUCGCCAAACUACCGGCUCAGCGCCGAGAGCAAGCGGCUCGUACGCCAGGCCCAGGAGCCCGUGCUCGCCUCCAGCCCGGCCACUGUGCACCUCAUCUAUGAAGUAGGCCUCGAGACGAGCCAUAGCUUCUGAUACUACUGCUGCGUGUGCCUGUGCUUUGUGGCAUCAUCGCUUGGCUAACCACUCUGGAUUUACAGGGCAGCCAAGGCCGUGCCGCGAGUUCGGCCUGCGAGGCUAGCCCGACGCCCGUGUGCUUUGUCGUGGUUUGGAUGGCUCCUCAUCGGCUGUGCCUAAAGCAUGCUUCUGUGGUGCCGUUUGGCACCGCAGCGCUUGUUCCCGCUGUGGAACAGGUGGCGAGCUUUUUCUGUUGGUUGUAGAUGGGGGAAUUUUCGCGGGGAGUGGCGGGGACGCUAUCGUCCCAUGCGCAAGGACUACGCAAGUGUGGUUGCUUCUGCGAAGGCCGCCCCUUUCUCUGGCUUCUGUGUCACAUGGUGUGG